AUGAUCUUUCGCUCGGGUACUUAUCGAGCAGCUCGGAGGUCAGCCGCUGAAGCCUUGGCCAGUGGUAGACCGACGGGCUGUCAAUAUGCCCACCAAGUGUUUGAUUUUUCGUUCUCCUCGUUGUCUUCAAGUGAUCACUCUCCUCGUUCUAGCUCUAACGUCAAUUUCCGUUCUCGUCCUUUUGAAAGACGUGAUUUUGAUGAUAAUGGUAAUGCUCAUUCCAAGAGGUUGAGGCAAAUGGGUGUUUCGGAUGUUGAGGUUAGGGCUGAUGAGGUUCUUGAAUCGGAUUGCUCUGAGGAGUUUGAGGAAUCAGAUGUAGACGGAGGAGACGAUGAUGAGAAAAGCUUUAAGGUGUUAGAUUCCUUCAACAGGGAUCGUGAGCAAAAGCAAGAGACAAUGAGAAUUGAGCUAGGGGAACAUGAACUUCGGCAUCCUUUGGUGAGGGAAGUCUGCAGGUUGAUUGAUCGUAGGUCAGCUUGGAAUCCUAAGAUGGAAGCGGAACUGAAGAACUUGCUCAGAAGCCUCAAGCCUCGACUAGUUUGUGCUGUUCUGCGAUCUCAAGCAGAUGAGAGAGUAGCUUUGAGUUUCUUCUAUUGGGCUGACCGCCAGUGGCGGUACAGGCACCACCCUAUAGUUUAUUAUGUGUUGCUUGAGAUGCUCAGUAAAACCAAAUUAUGUCAAGGUGCUAGGAGAAUAAUUGUGCUCAUGGCUCGCCGGGGUGUUGAACGACGGCCUGAAAUAUUUAGCUAUUUAAUGAUUUCAUAUAGUCGAGCUGGUAGGUUGAGGAAUGCAAUGCAGGUGUUGACAAGGAUGCAGAAAGCUGGCAUUGAACCUAACCUGCUGAUAUGUAACACCACUAUCCAUGUUUUGGUGUUGGCGAAUAGGAUGGACAAAGCAUUGAGGUUUAUGGAAAGGAUGCAACUUGUUGGUAUCACUCCAAACGUUGUAACGUAUAACGCUUUGAUCAAAGGUUACUGUGAUGUUCACCGAGUCGAAGAUGCUAUGGAGCUUAUAGCUGAAAUGCCAUUCAAAGGGUGUCCUCCAGACAAAGUGAGUUACUAUACUGUCAUGACUUUUCUUUGCAAAGAGAAGAGGAUCGAACAAGUGAGGAGCUUAAUGGAGACUAUGGUUAAGAGUAGCAAGUUGUUGCCAGAUCAGGUUACUUACAACAUUCUGAUUCAUGUUCUUUCCAAGCACCAACAUUCAGAUGAAGCACUUGUAUUUUUGAGGGAAGCAGAGGAAAGAGGGUUUCCAGUUGAUAAGGUUGAGUAUAGUGCAGUAGUUGACUCGUAUUGUAAGCAAGGUAAGAUGGACCGGGCAAAAGAAAUUGUGAAUGAAAUGUUGUCCAAAGGUUGUGCUCCUGAUGUAGUGACCUACACUGCUGUAGUUAAUGGACUUUGUCAAGUUGGGGAGGUCGAACAAGCUACAAGGAUGCUUCAGCAAAUGUACAAACAUGGCUGCAAGCCUAAUACUGUGUCAUAUACAGCUCUCUUGAAUGGGCUUUGUCGAAAUGGAAACUCAUCCAAGGCUAGGGAAAUGAUGAAUAUGAGUGAGGAAGAAUGGUGGACGCCGAACGCCAUCACGUAUAGUGUCGUCAUGCAUGGGUUAAGGAGGGAGGAAAAACUGUCUGAAGCUUGUGAUGUGGUGAGAGAGAUGGUUGGCAAAGGAUUUUUCCCUACUCCAGUUGAAAUUAAUCAACUACUCCAGGCACUUUGCAGUGGAGGUAAGGCGGAUGUUGCUAAGAAGUUCAUGGAGGAGUGUCUACAUAAUGGUUGUGCUGUGAAUUCAGUGAACUUCACUACUGUUAUUCAUGGGUUUUGUCAGAAUGAUAACUUAGAAGCAGCUUUGUCUUUGCUGGAUGACAUGUACCUGAGCAACAAGCAUCCUGAUGCAGUCACCUAUACUGCUGUAAUUGAUGCACUGUGUAAAAAGGGUAGAAUGGAUGAAGCUACCGAGAUUGCUACAAAGAUGCUUAAGCAAGGUGUAGAUCCUACACCCGUGACAUUAGAACGGUGA